CCCCGCGGCACCCCAGGGCGCAGGCGCGGCACCGCCUGAAUCCGGCACCCCCACGAACCCCCAGGCCCAGCCGGGCCCCGCUGCCACUGCUGCCCGCGCCGGGGGGGUCCCCAAGGCCACCAGACCCUCCCCAGAAGCGGGUGAGCCAGGGAGAAGGAGCCCAUCGGCACCCGGUCUUCUCCAGGCGCGGCGGCGGCGGCGGGAAGGAAACCAACGCCGGGCGCCUCUCACCGCCGGCGGCUGCGCCGUGGGGCCCCGUCGUCACCAGCUCCUCCCCAGACAUGGUGGUUCGUGGUGGGGGAACAGCUUCCUCGCUGUAGGAGCCUCCCCAGAAGCGGUCGAAGACUCGUCUCCAUCAGCUCCUCACCAGAAGCCACCCCACCAGGACCUCGCCUCCAUCAUCUCCUCGCUGGACGUCGUCCCGACAAGGCCUCACCUCCGCCGGAGCCUUCCCAGGACCAGUUGUGCCGCAGGACCUCACCUCCUGCUUCCCCUCCCCAGAAGUGGUCCCAUCGAGAGCCAUCUCCACCGGCUGCUCCUCCGACAACAUCCCACCAGGGCCCCGUCUCCACUGGCAGCUCCCCAGAAGUGGUUGCGCUGCAGGAUCCCAUCUGCUGCUGCUCCCCCCUAGGACCCGUCCCAGCAAAACUCCAUCUCCGUUGGCUCCUCCUAGAAGUGAUCCCACCAGGGUCCAUCUCCAUUGGCUCCUCCUAGAGUUGGUCCCACCACGACCCGUCUCCAUUGGCUCGUCCUAGAGUUGGUCCCACCACGACCCGUCUCCAUUGGCUCGUCCUAGAGUUGGCCCCACCAAGACCCAUCUCCAUUGGCUCCUCCUAGAGUUGGUCCCACCACAACUCGUCUCCAUUGGCUCCUCCUAGAGUUGGUCCCACCACGACUCGUCUCCAUUGGCUCCUCCUAGAGUUGGUCCCACCACGACCCGUCUCCAUUGGCUCCUCCCAGAGUUGGCCCCACCACGACCCGUCUCCAUUGGCUCCUCCUAGAGUUGGUCCCACCACGACUCGUCUCCAUUGGCUCCUCCUAGAGUUGGUCCCACCACGACCCGUCUCCAUUGGCUCCUCCUAGAGUUGGCCCCACCAAGACCCGUCUCCAUUGGCUCGUCCCCCGACGCCAUCCCGCCGGGCCCCCCCAAUCAGCAGGCGCCAUGGAGGCGUGGCGGCAGUGCGCCCAUUGGCUGGUGGCGGCGCGGGUGCUCCCCACGGGGCACCGGGCGAGCAGCCCCGGGGGGCAGGUGUGGGACCUGGCGCAGGCGCUGAGGGACGGGGUGCUGCUCUGCCACCUCCUCAACGCCCUCCUGCCCCGCGCCGUGCCCCCCCGAGACAUCUGUCCCCGUCCCCAGAUGUCACAGUUCCUGUGCCUGAGGAACAUCCGCACGUUCCUGACCGCCUGCGCAGACAAGUUCGGGCUCCCGAAGCACCGGCUCUUCGGCGCCUUCGACCUCUUCGACGUCCAAGACUUCGGCAAGGUGAUUGACACCCUCUCAACGCUCUCCUGGACCCCCAUCGCCCAGAGCAAAGGUUUCACGCCCUUCCCUACUGAGGACUGCGUUGGGGACGAUGACAUCUACAGCGGCCUCUCUGACCUCAUUGACGACACGGCGGAGGAGGACGAUGACCUCUACGACUGCGUCGAAGCCGAAGGGGACGACGGCGAUGACAUCUACGAGGACCUGAUGCGGGUGGAGCCCCCUCCGGCUGCGAAGGUGGAGGUGGAUCGGAGGCUCUGCUGCCUCCAGGAGCUGAGACAGACGGAGGAGAGGUACACCGAGACCCUCGAGUCCAUCUGCCAGCACUUCCUGCGGCCGCUGCGGCACUUCCUGCAGCCCCAAGACCUCGAGAGCAUCUUCAUCAACAUCGAGGAGCUGCUGCAGCUGCACCGGCUCUUCCUGGGGGAGCUGCGGGGGGCACUGGGGGCGUCUGGGGGGGGCCGUGGGCUGCCCCCCCUCUUCCUCGCCUACAAGGAGAGGUUCCUGCUCUACGGCCGUUACUGCAGCCAGGUGGAAGCGGCUGCCCGGCGCCUCGACCAGCUCGCCACCAGCACCGACCUCCGCAUGAAGCUGCAGGAGUGCUCUGAGCGAGCCAACAACGGGCGCUUCUCCCUGCGGGACCUGCUGAUGGUGCCGAUGCAGCGGGUGCUCAAGUACCACCUCCUGCUCCAGGAGCUGGUGAAGUUGACCCCCGAGCCAGCCGAGAGGGAAAGGCUGCGGGGGGCCCUGGAUGCCAUGAGGGACCUGGCGCAGUGUGUGAACGAAGUCAAACGGGACAACGAGACCCUGAAACAGCUCACGAGUGUCCAGCUCUGCCUCCACAACAUGCCGCAGUCCCUGGCGCAGUUCGGGCGCCCCAAAAUCGACGGGGAGCUGAAGGUCUCCAGCACCGAGCGGCGCUCCAAGGUGGACAGGUACGGCUUCCUCCUGGACAAGGCCCUGAUCAUCUGCAAGCGCCGCGGGGACUCCUACGAAGCCAAGGACGUUGUGGACCUUCAGAGCCACCAACUGCGGGAUGGUGACCUUGGCCCUCGCGAUGGCAAGAAGUGGACCCACACCUUCCUGCUCAUUGACACGGCCGGGCUGCAGGGGUAUGAGCUCUUCUUCAAGACCCACGAGCUGAAGAAGAAGUGGCUGGAGCAGUUCGAGAUGGCCCUCUCCAACAUCUUCCCUGAGCACGCCCUGGCCGACGGGCAUGACUUCCAGAUGUUCUCCUUCGAGGACACCACCUCCUGCAGGGCCUGCCAGAUGUUGCUGAGGGGCACGUUCUACCAGGGGUACCGCUGCAGCCGGUGCCGGGCCCCCGCGCACAAGGAGUGCCUGGGGCGGCUGGGGACCUGCGGCAGGAGCGGCACUGAUUCGGGCUCUGGCGCGAGGAAGGUAACAGCAGAAUGGGCCGAAAAGUCCCGGAUUUGGGAGCGGGAGGUGGGGGCGUGUCCUGCCCCCGGCGCUAACCGGGGUCCCGUUGCUCCGCAGCACAAGCCGCCGCGGCAGGGCCCCGACAAGAAGCGGGGGGACCUGGGGCUGCCCAAGAUGGAGGCCGGUCAGCCCUACGGGGGCGUCCCACCCCCCCCGGGGGCGCUGGCCCCGCCCCUGCGCCUCAGCCCCGGCGACGUCGUGGAGGUGACGGCGGCCGAGGCCGAGCAGCUCUGGUGGCAGGGCAGGAACUUGGCCAACGGUGACCUGGGCUGGUUCCCUUGCGCCGCCGUGAGACCGUUCAUCUGCGUGCCACUGCCAGAUCUCUCCGUCUACCCCUGGUACGCUGGUCCCAUGGAGCGGGGGGAAGCGGAGCAGCUCCUGAUGCCCCGCUCCGACGGCGCCUUCCUGGUGCGGCAGCGGGUGAAGGACGCCGGCGAAUUCGCCAUCAGCAUCAAGUACCGCGGGGAGGUGAAGCACAUCAAGGUGAUGACAGCAGAGGGACUCUACCGCGUCACUGAGAAGAAGGCGUUCAAGGGGCUCGUGGAGCUGGUGGAGUUCUACCAGCGCAGCUCGCUCAAGGAUUGCUUCAAAGCCCUUGACACGGCGCUCGUGGUGCCCUUCAAGGAGCCGGAGAGCCGGGCAGGUCCCCGGCCGCCUGGAGCCGUGCGCAGCUUUGGCUCGGCCAAAGCCCGCUAUGACUUCUGCGCCCGGGACCGCACAGAGCUGACGCUGCGGGAGGGCGACAUCAUCCGUGUCCUCAGCAAGAAGGGCCACCCAGGCUGGUGGAAAGGAGAGAUCUACGGGCGGGUUGGAUGGUUCCCCGCAAACUACGUGGAGGAAGAUUACUCGGAGUAUUGCUGACCACGGACCCCCAUCCCAUCCACCCUCCGGUGUCCCACCAACUGUGUCCCCCCCCAGAGGACACCGCACCCCUCCCCCUUUUUUCCCUCCCCCCCACCCCCCACCCCCCUUUAAUUUAUGCCUCUUCCCACCCAGGAGGGACAAUAAACAAGGCUGAGGACGA